ACCGUCGGAUUCAAAAGGAGCCUCAGCAUCUGGACGGCUCAUACGUUGACGAGAGAGAGGAGAGACAGAGUCAAGGCCGAUUCGGUUUCCUUCUGUCAAUAACCCUUUGUCUCUCCUUUCUCGAAGUUUUAUAUAAUCAAAUCCAUUUUUCACAGAUUCCUAAAAGUGUUAAGAAGCAAGCUACUGUUUUGAAAUUUAGGGACUUUUUUGAGAAAAUGAAUGGUUUUUUGACUUAAUUGUUUUGAAAUUUAGGGACUUUUUUGUUUUUUUCGAUUUUUGGAAAUUGAUUUUUGGUAAUGGAGACGGAGAGUAUGGAUUGCGAAUCGUACGGAACUCACCACUUCUCUUCCACCACCAAGACUCACGCCGUCGUUACCAAUACAGUCGGUCCGGCGGCAACUAGCGUCUACGAGCUUCUAGAGUGCCCUGUCUGUACCUUUUCCAUGUAUCCUCCUAUCCAUCAGUGUCAAAAUGGACACACGUUCUGUUCGACCUGUAAAGUGAGAGUGCACAACCGUUGUCCCACGUGUAGACAAGAGCUUGGAGAUAUACGAUGUUUAGCUCUCGAGAAAGUAGCCGAGUCCCUUGAGCUACCUUGCAAGUAUUUCAACCUCGGAUGCCCUGAGAUUUUUCCUUACUACAGCAAACUUAAACACGAGUCUCUUUGUAACUUCAGACCUUACGGUUGUCCUUACGCUGGCUCCGAGUGUGGUGUCCUUGGAGGCAUCCCUUUCCUCGUGGCUCAUCUCAGGGAUGAUCAUAAAGUUGACAUGCACGCGGCCUCCACUUUUAACCACCGUUACGUUAAAUCCAAUCCGCGUGAAGUAGAGAACGCCACGUGGAUGUUAACAGUGUUUCAUUGCUUUGGGCAAUACUUCUGUCUCCAUUUUGAGGCGUUCCAGCUAGGGAUGGGUCCGGUGUACAUGGCGUUCUUGAGAUUCAUGGGAGACGAGGAAGAAGCUAGGAGGUACAGCUACAGCUUGGAAGUUGGAGGCAGUGGGAGGAAGCUAACAUGGGAAGGGACCCCGAGAAGCAUCAGAGAUAGUCACCGGAAAGUAAGAGACAGCAACGACGGUCUCAUCAUCCAAAGAAACAUGGCUCUCUUCUUCUCCGGCGGUGAUAGGAAAGAGCUUAAACUUAGAGUCACUGGUAAAAUCUGGAAAGAACUACACAGUCCAGAUUCUGGGGUUUGCAUGCCAAACAUGUCUUCCUGAUCAUUCAUCAUCCUCUCUAUCUUGAAUGAAUGUGUUUGAUCUUUGUCACAAGUAUAGUCUCGGUUGAUGGGUAAGCCUUCUGUCAGAGUUCAGAUGCUCAAAUCUUAAGGUUGCAAGUAC